GUUUUUUCACCGGGAAGCUACAAUGACAUGUCCCGAAGAGAGCCCGAAGUUUGACAGCUAGCCAGCCAGUUGAGCUGUCAAAACGUUACGGAAUUUUCGGUGUUUUGGUUUGUGGAGACUAGCCGAUUAAUCAAAAUGCCGGAGGCUCCAGCUCGUAAUCCGCUCGAAAGCUUUCUGAACGCCGUACAGGCAACCAUCGAUGGGCCCGUAACAUGGUUCCGCGAGAAAAUCGUCGAACCGAACCGGCAAACGUACCCGUGGUAUCAUCAGCAAUUCCGCCGUGUGCCCACGAUCGACCAAUGCUACACCGACGAUGCGGUCUGCAUUUUCGAGGCGAACCAACAGUUUAGACGCGACAAGAUGGUCGACAACGAAAUCUUGUCAAUUUUGCGCCAACGUUUCGAGGACUGUGUGCUGUACGAGCAGCCGGACCACGAGCGCAAGUGCCGUUCGCUGCUGGACACGUACGAAAAGGCGGCCGAGAACUGGUUCAUCAAGUAUGGUGAUCUCGGCGGUUAUGCGAACGCGAAGACGGCCUACAUGAAGCAGAAGCACCGUAUGAUCUGGGAAAGACGCCACGGACCGGUCGGUACCGGUAUGAAGCAGGUCGCCGGAGAGGACGAAGCUGCCAGUGAACAUUAGAGGGAUGUAUGAUGCGCAGGAGAAAAAAGAAGAACUACCAAGAAUUGUGUUACGAUCGCUCUUUAAUCAAGUUCCUCCGUUGGAACACGGUCGUCGUGUAGUAGUGGAAGUCUUGUCGUCGCUCUUACAAUUUGUUUGAAUAGGAGUGUAAAUAUAAAAGCAACGCGUAAAAACCGUUAAAAUUUGCCACCAAACAA